AUGUCCGCAUAUGAAGAAGAGCAUGCUACUACUCAAGCUACUGUCGACAAUAGACGGGAUCUAAGGGAACAAAUUCACGAGCUAUAUCAGGAGAAUGGUAACUCUAAUGUGCUUCUGCAACUGCUUUCACAGUUGAUCCCAGAAUCGAUGCAAGAAGAGCUUUUACAAGAUCAAAAACAAGGCUGUCCGGACGAUUACGUGGAUUCGCUUCCUCGAGUGAAAAAUGACAAAAUUGGCCACCAUGAAGCUUGCAGCAUAUGUUGCUGCAACUACCGAGAAGACGAUUAUCCUCUAGUGGUAGAACUUCCCCAUUGUGGUCAUCGUUUCGAUCUCGAAUGCGUGGCCGUCUGGCUAUCAAAGAGUACUACUUGUCCAUUGUGCAGAGACGAUGUUCUGUCGCACAAGCCCAAGAUCGACGUCAGUCAAGUCGAAAUAGAAGACGACUGGGGAAUGUACGGAUGA